UGACACCAUUCAUUGAAACCUAAAAUCUCGAUAACAAUUAAAUGAUAAGAAGCCAAUGCGAAGUAAGUUUAUUCAUUUAUUAAAGACAAUAUACAAUUAGACUGGUUAUUGUCACUUGUAAUGUGUCAUUGAUUGAGAGUGAAGUUAUAAAUCCAUAGUUUUAGUUGGUCAAUAUCAAUCCCUUUAUAAUGGAGUUGGAAUCAAAUCUUAAUGAGAUCUCAUCAUCAUGGAAUAGCAAUUUUACCAGGAAAAAACUCGCAUUUAUCGGUACUGGCCUUUUAGUUGCUACAGCUAUAUGCAUCAGUGUUAUUGUUGGUGUUAAGUCAUCAUCAUCGAAGGCACCUUCAACUACAUCUUUAACUUCAUUUACAGAGAAGAUGAAUUCGAUGAGAGGUGAGAUUAAAUGGGUUAGUUAUAACUCUGACAAUUAUUCCCUGACUGAUGCUUUUGCUGGUGGAACUGGAUCCAAUGGAAAGACUGUUUACGUCUGUCGAGCUAAGCAUUUAGCUAAUAAUAGAAGAGACUAUGAACUAAUUCCUGGAACUUUUGAUCCAACUGAUUCUUUAUGUAAAGUUCCAUACGGAUAUAAAGCUAAUGAGCAUCGAGAGUUUGAUUUGCUUGUUACAAAGAAUCCGUCUCAACUAGUUUGGGAGGAAGAAUCAAAUGGUGGACUGAGAAAUGGUGCCAUUUCUGGUGGUCACACUGCAUAUGAUAAAGAGCUUUAUGUUGCCCGAUUUUCCAACUCUGGUUAUAAGGUUCUGGGUGAAUUAUAUCCAGCUAGGAAGGCAGCUUCAGGACCAGUGGGAAGAGACGAGACACACCGGCAAGCUUAUCAACUUUUAUGCUUUGCUGACUUUGCUAUUUAAACUGAAACUAAAAGGAAUCUCUAUUUUAUAGCUUAUUUAAUUACUGAUGAUAAUGUCGACUUUUGACUCUAAAUAUAAUUGUGUUUAUUAGUUAAAUUAACGUAUCUUGUAAAAAAAAAUUUUGAAAAAAUUGUUAUAAUACAAUUUUUGCGUACAGAUGACUUUGCUAUGCAAUGUUCAAGUUUUGUUGAUAAAGGGACGUCUAACAAGUAAACUUGUUAAGCUACUUUUCGCUCCAAUAAAUAAUUAUUUUAAUUGUUUAAGUUUCAA